UUGUUUCCAACAGGGCUCGAUUAAACAGGACACGAAAAAAUUUAACAUUAAAUUUAAAUUCUCUGACAAAAACUUUAUUGAAUGUUCGACAAAGAACUUAAAAAUUAUUUUAAAUUUCUUCCUGAAAAUUAUGUUUAUUUCAAACUAGUAAACUAUAACUGUAGUAAGCGCUAAAAAGUAUAAAUUUCUUUGAAGUAAAAAGAAAGAUGAAAAUCCCCGGCUUAAGACUGUCGUUAGUGGUUUUAGCAAUUGCUGUUGUGUCAGUGGCGUCAAAUAUAGAUCCCAUUAAACGAGAUGAAAAGAAAUCAAAAUCUGUUACGACUUUUGUUAGUGCUAAAUGGGAAGCUACACCUAUUGUAUUAGAACUCGCCGAGUAUUUAGCUGGCGAAAGUUCAGAUUUGUUUUGGUCUUUCGUUGACGGUAUUAAUUCUCUAAAAUCUAGUCUUGACUCAUUAGAAAAUGACAAACAAAUUUAUGAUGCCUGUAUUGGAGUUGCUAGUACACUAUUGGCUCCGGCACAACUUAGAAUGGCUAAACUUGCACUUUCUAUGCACACUACUUCACCAACAGUGCGUAUGUUUGAUCAAAUAGCUAUUCAGAACGGAGCUAAAGAAAUUCAGUGCGACACAUUUGUUAACAUAGCAACAAACAAUAUUUGUGACAAUGAUGCGUUGAGAGAUAUACUUCAAACACAUAAUCUUAAAAAUGUUGGUGAUCAGAACAAUGAAAUAUAUCUUCUGGACCAUACUCAUCCAAGUAGUGACAACAAAAGUUUAACUGCCAUUCUUUAUGGGGAGCUUGGAACUAAGGAUUUUGCAAUGAAACAUAAAAUUUUGGCUGAAUAUGCUGACAAAAGUGCCAUUAACUAUGUUGUCAGAUGGAACAUCAAGACUCGUGGAAAACCUAAACUACGUCUAUCAGGCUAUGGAGUUGAACUUCAGUUAAAGAGUACAGAGUAUAAGAGCCAAGACGAUUCUACUCCAAAGGAAACAGAAGACAAAGAAACAGCAGCACAAUCAGAGGAAGAGGAUGAAAAUGAUCCCCAGAAUCAGAUUGAUGGAUUUAAUUUUGGUAGAUUAAAGAAUCUAUUUCCUGCUUUACGAACACCAUUGGAACGGUUUCGACGACACUUAUCAGAAUCUAGUGAAGAGCUGGCCCCUCUGAAAGUAUGGCAGAUGCAGGCAUUGAGUAUGCAGGCUGCCGCUGCAGUUGUGGAUGCGAAUGAUGCUGGUGGAGAUGAAGCUUUAAGAGUUCUCACAUCUAUAGCUCAGAAUUUUCCAAUGCAGACAAAAUCUCUUAUACACGUCAGCGUCCCGCGCGCUUUCCGCGAUGAGGUAUUGUAUAACCAAGACAUAUGGGCAUCAGCAUUGGGACUGCGGCCAGCUGAACCGUUGUUGUUAGUGUCAGGAGCUCAGUAUGACGCUGAAGAUGUUGAUGUGAUGGCUUUGCUUGCAGCAUUGAGAGAAGACAUUGGGCCAAUGAAUACAUUACAUGCUCUAGGUCUCCCUAAAAAGUUAAUACAUACUCUCAUGUCAUUGGAUUUGGGCGAAAGUUACACCUGGGAAGAAUAUGGUCUUGAUAUCCGUGAUACAUCAAUAACUUGGCUCAACGAUCUGGAGUCUGACGAUAGGUACCGCAGAUGGCCUUCUUCGUUUAUGGAAUUGCUUCGGCCCACAUAUCCUGGCAUGUUGAGAAAUCUCAGACGAAACAUAUAUAACUAUGUCAUCAUAAUAGACCCCACAUCGGUACAAUCUGGUCCACCGUUAAAGUUGGGUGAAACGUUGUUGAAGCAUGCGACUCCAGUACGCGUUGGGUUAGUCCUAGCGUCAACAAAAGGAGACGCGUCUUUAGAAGCAGCAGUCAGGUCCGCAUUUAACUACAUAGCGCAGGAAAAGAAUUCCAAUAAAGAGGCAUAUUAUUUCCUUACUCAGUUACUGAAUCCUUCUGGUGAUGACGUAUUAGAUAUUAAUUAUGUGAAGAAACAAUUGAAGCGACACGCGACUUCCGGUGCCAGUAUUGAAGACAUUAUUUCAGAAGAUUCCGAAUAUAACUUUGGACGUCAAAUCUCAGAAGAAUUUGUAUCUAAACUUGGCAGUGACAAGUAUCCGCAGGUUUUGAUAAAUGGAGUACCACUAAUGGACGAAGGCCCAACGCCGGUGACGUCGUCGGUCGAAUUACUCGAGGAGUCGCUGGUGACGUCACUGUCUCGCCACACAGCUCGUUUGCAGCGUGCUGUGUUCCGUGGUGAAUUGUCCGAUAUGGAUGACGCUGUUGAUUACUUGAUGAAACAGUCCCAUAUUAUGCCACGGCUCAACCGUCGAAUCCUCAGUUCAGAAACUUCGCAAUACUUGGAUUUGACCGGUGCCUCUUCACCUGCCGAUUUGUUUACAGAAGAUAAAAUUCACAAACUAUUACAUUUAACAGGACGUGACGCGUUAGCGACUGCUCUACCAAUUUUGAAGUACUUUUAUAAACCCGGUAAAGUUGAAAAGAAGAUAACGCAAACUAUUUGGGUGAUCGGAGAUUUGAACAACCAUGAAUCCCGGGGACUAUUGAGGAACGCUCUUACGUUUAUGAGAGAAUCCAGUGGCGUGAGAGUAGCGUUCAUACCAAACGUGGACAGUACAAACGAUCAGUCUCUGAAUAAAGUAGUGGUCGCGGCUCUUACGACGCUCGAGUCUACGGAAGCCACUAAAUAUGUUGUAAAAUUAUUAGAAGACGAAGGUUGUCAUGAGAGGAAAGACUGUGAUGUUUUGCCUGAGAUAAUACCAGCAUUGAACAAGUAUGAGUGGGUCCUGAAGGCAGCUCGUGUGUUGUGCGCUCGAAGCUUCAAGCUGCGGCCGGGAGCUCGGGCGCUGGCGCACAACUCGCGGCUCAUCGGACCGUUUCUCGACAACGAGCAGUUUACUUUGGACGACUUUGUAUUGAUGGAAAGAUUUAGCAGUCAAAUGUAUGGCGAUAAAAUAGCAGAAGUUUUAGACAAGAAGAAAGCGACCAUUACUAACGAAGUUACCGAUGAUGACGAGGAGGAGUCGGUAGAAGUGACGAGUGACAUGCGUCUGAAGCUGGUGUCGGUGCUGGGAGGACGCGAGUCCCGCGCCCGCACCGCGCUGCCGAGCGGACUACACACUGAACAUUCGCUCAUCGAACUGCCUCCUGUGUACGACAAUGAAGCCGCCGUCGAGGUUGUCGCAGUGCUGGACCCAGCGUCGAGCGCGGCGCAACGCCUCGCGCCGCUGCUGCUCGUGCUGCGUCGAGUCGUCAAUUGUAAUAUUAAAUUGUUCCUCAACCCCCAAGACAAGAACUCUGAUAUGCCACUGAAAAGCUUCUACCGGUACGUGUUAGAGCCGGAGCUGCAGUUCACGGCGGCGGGCGCGCUGUCGGGCGGCGCGCUGGCGCGGUUCUCGCGGCUGCCGCACGCGCCGCUGCUGUCGAUGGAGCUGCGCACGCCGACCAACUGGCUCGUGGAGUGCGUCAAGUCCGUCUACGACCUCGACAAUAUCAGGCUCGCCGACGUCGAGACCGUCGUGCACAGCGAAUUCGAACUAGAAUACCUGCUGUUAGAAGGUCACGCUUGGGACACAACCCUCGGUACGCCACCUCGAGGUCUACAGCUGAUACUUGGGACCAGGGAGAAACCCGAACUCAUGGACACCAUUGUGAUGGCGAACCUGGGCUACUUCCAGCUGAAAGCCAACCCAGGGGCGUGGACGUUGCGCCUGCGACCCGGGCGCUCUGAAGAAAUUUAUGAGAUUGUUGGGCACGAAAACACGGACACGCCGGCGGGCAGCCAAGACAUACAGGUGCUGAUGAGCUCGUUCCGCAGCCACGUCAUCAAGUUGAGGGUGAGCAAGAAGCCAGACAAGCAACACCUUGAUUUGCUCGUCGAAAAUGACGACAAGAACUCAGGAGGACUCUGGAAUUCCAUUGCGAGCUCGUUCGGUGGUGGAGACGAAUCUGAAGCUCAAGACGACACGAUCAACGUGUUCUCAGUGGCUUCAGGACAUUUGUAUGAAAGAUUCCUUCGGAUUAUGAUGUUGUCUGUUCUUAAAAACACAAAAUCACCCGUCAAGUUCUGGUUUCUCAAGAAUUACCUUAGUCCUUCGCUUAAGGAUAUUCUACCAUACAUGGCCCAAGAGUAUGGGUUCGAGUACGAGCUGGUCCAGUACCAGUGGCCGCGCUGGCUGCAGCGACAACGCGACCGGCAACGCACCAUCUGGGGAUACAAGAUCCUGUUCCUGGACGUGUUGUUCCCGCUGCACGUCAAGAAGAUUAUCUUCGUCGAUGCCGACCAGAUUGUUCGUGCUGAUCUCAAAGAAUUGGUGGAAUUAGAUUUAGGAGGCGCACCAUACGGUUAUACACCGUUCUGUGAUAGUAGGACAGAAAUGGACGGUUUCAGGUUCUGGAAGCAAGGCUACUGGCGCAAUCACCUUCAAGGUCGUAGUUACCACAUCAGCGCGCUGUACGUCGUGGACUUGAAACGGUUCCGUCGUAUCGCCGCCGGGGACCGCCUCCGAGGACAGUACCAGGCGCUCAGCCAGGACCCUAACAGCUUGUCUAAUUUAGAUCAAGAUUUACCGAACAACAUGAUCCAUCAAGUGGCCAUCAAAUCGUUACCGCAAGAGUGGCUGUGGUGUGAGACCUGGUGUGACGACGACUCGAAGAAAUACGCCAAAACAAUCGACUUGUGCAACAACCCUAUGACUAAAGAAGCCAAGCUCUCCGCUGCGAUGCGCAUAGUACCCGAAUGGAAGGAAUACGACGGUGAAGUGAAGGCUUUACAGGCGCGUGUUAGACGAGGUCUCUACCAAUCUUCGGACCAUGAACAGGAGGUUGAAGUAAAUAUCGAUGUUACGACGUCUAGUCAGUCUACAAAUACUGAGCACGAUGCACACACGGAGUUAUGAUGAACUAAAGCAGUGAUAUUACAAUAAGUAGCACGAAUAUUCCAUUUUCCCAUAUGUUUGUGUGUUGGUUGUGGUAGACACGUGACGUCAGUAGAUGUGUAUGUGUGCAAUUACAUUUUGUUACAUAAUGUUUGUAUAAGUUGUAAAUCUUUAAAAAUAAUUGUAUGAUUUAUACAUACAUAAUGUUGUUCAAUCGGUACUUAUGGUAACUAAAAUUUUAAUUCGGUGCCAUGUUCUGUCUUUCAAAGGCUAUGUUUAAUGCAUUACCAAACUGUAUAGGGUAAAACAAACUGUUAUUGGCAUGAAACUAGCUGAGUAAUUUGCUCUCUGCCAUUUGUAAUUCAGAAAAUAAGAUUUUUUUCCAUUUAAUUAUAAAUAUGUUUGGAACGAAGAAAAGUGAUGGCGUUAAGUUUUGUAUAAUAUCUGAACGUCUAUUAUUUUACAUCAAUUAUAAAUUUGGCAUGAACAAGAUGAUAUACUAUUUAAGGCAAAUAAAAUAGCAUAAAAAUUUUAAGUGAUUUUUUGAUCCAAUUGUCACUUAUAUAAUGUCAAUAUUUGUGACAGAAUGUUCGAUUGACAAACUACAUACAGGUAAAUUGAUUCGUCAUAAUAAAAAUCUUGCUUUCUUCUUUUGUUAGAUAAUAUUCGGAUAAGAAAAAGUGAUGAUGUUCUAGUUUUAAGUAUUCGAAUUAUACAAUUUGUAGAUGGGUCAAAAGCCUUUGGCUGUUACAUUGUUUGUUAUUAAAAUCAUUCUCAGUAAUGGUACAUAUGUUCCUCCACGCGGUUUGUGAAACAUCUUCUACAAAAAACAACAGUUUGUUAAUGUACACUUUUUCUAUUUCCUUAGAAACAUUGUUUUAUAUGAUAAUUCUUUGACGUCGCUUGUAAAUGAAGCCAAUGACUCGUAAAACCGAAAUCACAACUCGAUACCCGAAUUUCUAACAAUUUCAACUCGAAACUAGAUAUUAAAUUAAAACAAAAUAUUAGUUUAAGAUAUUAUAAGCUACGUAGCUUGAAAUGUUCAUUGGUGUUCCCAUGGUGUUCCUGAUACUUUUGUUCUCUUGUCAAGGAAAAUAUGUACUUUAUUUACCAGUGUGUAAGAUUUUAUUAUUUUGUAGUUCAUGUAAUUUCGUAAUGAACUUGGUAAACAAAUGCAGCAUUCAAAACAAAAACAAAACAUUCAUUAUAUAAGACGCAAACUAAUUUUAUCUUGAUCAGUUUAAAUGUUUUGAUAAAUUUGAGUUUUGUAACUAGUGUAAGGCUAUGACGUCGACGACUAAUGGAUGCACCCAAAGUAAUGAUUACACGGUGGGUGCGUGGCUAUUUACGUGUUGUAAGUAAAAGUUGAUAAUAUUAAAUAAGGAAAUUUAAUGCAUUUUAUAAACUUAUCGCUUAACUCAGACGGUAUCGGACGACAAACAAAGAAUCGAGUACUAAAUUGCUUUGCUUGAAUGACUUGUAUGUCUAUUCGAUUUCACUUCUCUCAUAUUUUUGUCUAUAUUAAUGUCUCCUAUAAAUGAUUAGGGGCAGAUUUUCGAUCUUUACCACCUGAUCAUUUUUAGUACUGUAGCCGAUUUUGUAUUUAAUAAUCGGAUAAAAGUAUUAACAUUACACAGGCCAACAACACUAUGACCCUAUUCUUUUAUGAUUAUUCAAUAUUUGGUUUCGACAACUAUUUAUCGUCAGAAUGAGAUCUUGUGUUAUUGAUGUCAUGUGAGUCGUCCUCUCUCCUUUAUAAAUCUCGGAAACCGUCUCGGCCAAGUGAUUGGCCUACACAAUAGUCGUAGCCGCUAGUUUCCUCUUUAAAAGAUAAUAGCAAUCAAACAUUAGAUUAAGAUUAUAACAUGUUCACUUUUUUAUGAUAAUUUUACAUGAAAGCAUUCACAGCUCAAUAUUUUUAAGAUUUUCUUAUAUGUUUGGAGCAGAAUUUAUGUUUCGAAACAACACAUAAAUAUGAUUUGUUUUUCAAUUUUGUAAUUACUCCGAUCAAUAAACUAUAGUAAAUUUAAA